CAUGGUGGUGUCCUUGGCGGACAGGGGAGAGUGCAAAGAUCAGCUGCCUGAGCCGCUGCACAUUGCUCCCCUUUGACAACUCUCGACCCCAUCUGAGGUCUCAAGGUGGUCCCUCCUGGUCAUUUGCAUCAUGCAGGGUGCUUUCAAGCCACUCUGGCUUGAAAAUCGGACCGCGGUACCGAACCGGUAAUCCCUGCGGCCAGCUCCAAAACUGGCGCUCCUAGAGGAUGUCUGAUCAAGGCUCACAGGGCAGUGUCUCUGGGAGUGGUUACGAUGGAGCAUUCGCCGACUCCCUCCUGCGCAGCUGUGACGAGGAAGCUGCUUCCCUGCAACAUGUGCUGGGGGGCCCUCUACAAGUAUCAGGCUGGACUUUGGGAGCCAGGCUUGGGGAAAUGCAGCCAGGUGGUGCAGAUACUCUGCUGUUGCCCAGAGGAGCUGUGAAUGCUGGGGUGCUGCCGCAGCAUGGUGGGGUCGGCCAAUUUGCAGAGACAAGUGGGCAGGAACCUUUGGCUUAUGUCCGCCAGUCGACGGCUAGCCAACUUCAGCCGGGACCUUGCGAUCCAGCUUUCUUCUCCACCGGCAGUCCCGACGUUCACUGGGCCAGCACGUCGAGCAAUCAUGCGUCCCAGGGCUUGGGGCCCGUUAAGCAGCUUUCCUUUGGGCCUGCCUUAAUCCACGCAAACCUGCCCCUAGAAACAACCCCUCAGAGCUGGCUCCAGCCGGAGAAACACCUUCGGACGAGCCACAAAGCAGAUCUGGCAGCAACGCCCCUCUCCCAAAACCAGUUGCGCAGUCCUUCCUUGGAUCUUGGCUGGAGCCUGCAAUAUGGCUCUUUCUCUCAGGCUCAGCGCUACAACCCAGUCCGGCAACACCUCGUUGCUCCAAAGACAGGCGUGGCCACAAGCCCUGAGAACCGGAUCCCCAUUUGGCAGCACGAGGGUUCACAUGUCCAAAGUGCAGCCUUUACAGACGUGCGGGGGGAGCAGACUCCAAGGUCUGCCCCACAAACGCCUAUCCAGAAGGACAACAUAGCAGCAGGGAGGCAGCCCCAACAUGCCAAGCCAAGUCUGUCCAGCGCUCCACAGGGGCGUCACUACAUGAGCGCAACAUCUCUGAGCUUCCAGGGGCACCCAUCUCAGGUGUCCCUGCAGCCCCUGCGCGACCAAGCCGAGCACCUGCUGCGCAACCGCCUGGUCCAUCAGUCCGCCCACCGCUUUGAGGGCGGGCGCAUCGGCCGGCGGUGGGAAAAGCAGGAGAACCGCGAGAAGAAGCUGCAUGCGCAAUCUCCUGGGCCACUGCCCCUCAGCUCUCCACCACCCCUGGCACCGGACCUCCACUCGCUGCCCCGUCGGCAGCAGGCCCCUCCCCGUCCCCCUGGCCUGCGACUAAACGCCCUCUUCCAGGACAGCACUCCCGCCAUCCCUAAGCCGCACCACGCUAACCUGGCCGUCAAGCAGGCACACGCGACAGAGUUGCGCUACUCUUCACCGGAAGUGACGCGACAGGGGCCCCCCGUGCCUCAGUUCAGCCAAAGGUCAGAUCGCAGAGCUCCGCUGGCGCAAACUGGGGUGCCUGCAGGUGACGCGCUGUGGCAGUCUGGGGUCAGCUCGCUCCAAAACCAGCAGGGGCCGGGGCACUCCGCUCAUUGGCAGCCAGCGGAAGAAUCACUGUGGAGCAGACAGCAGGCACCCGUCGUGACGGUCAUUGGCGCGAAGGAAGGGCAGGGUCCGGCUCUGAAUCUAGGAGACCGCUCUCACAACUAUGUGGGUGGUCAGCACUCACAGCGGUUGGUUAGCGGCCAGGACAUGGACGUCGGCCCGCACUGGCACGCCGUAGCAGGAAGGUCCGAUAGGGGGCCCAACCCGGACUUGGCGCAUGUGGCAGGCGCGAUGCACAGCCAAAUGCAGCCGAGCACCCAUCCAGCCCCCCAGAUCCCCCACGUCCCCCAGGAAAGGGGUCAGAAGGACUCGUUCGGAGCGGACACGCCAGCCACGCGGGCCCUCCAGUCGCAGUUGUCGAGCACACAGCGAGCUCUCGGCGGGGCCAAGCAUGGUGUCUGGCGCAGUACUCACCCUGCAGGCACGGUAGAGGACCUGUCGGGGCCGGAGCAACGGAGCCCUGUUCAAAACACGGGGGCCCUGGACACGGCCGAAUCGUCCGCUGAGCACGUGCCAUCCCAAGCGACCCGGCAGCGGGGCCGAGCGCCGAGGAAGGCGGUCCGAAAGACGACGCAAGGGGGGACGCCCGAGAAAGUCGAGCUUGUUGGCGGACAUGCUGCUGUGCCGGAGAGCAGCUUGCCUUUGAGGACAGGGGCGCCGCAGGGGUGGCUGGGGUACUCAGACGGAACGGGCGUACUAGGGAUAGAGUCGCACCACGAGUUGUUCCCGAAGGACGACUGGGAGGUGAAGCCGGUCGGCGAGCAAGGCCUCGAGGCAAUCGCGGAAGCGGCGGAGUACGAGGCUGUGGACCAGUAUCCAAUGGGCAGGUUUUCGAGGGCGAGCGCGAAGUUUGACCAGGCGUUGGGGUUCGAGAACGUGGACGAGUUCGGGAACGAGGUGUCGGAGGGCAAGAAGAGGCCGCGCGGCGAAGCAGAGAGCGAGACGGAAAGAGCUGCAUAUGUAUCCAGUGUCGAAGCUCUGAGUGGGACCAACGCUGCUGCUCGAAGCCGGAUUGCCUGCGAAUUGGAGAAGCAGGCAAUCAUUCUUGCCCUGGAGGAAGGCCACGUGGUGAAGCGCAUCAAGCUGAUGGGCAUCCUCAGCGGCUCUGCUCCUCGAGCAGCUCCCGAGCCUGCUGCGUCCUUACCCUCUGGCGCCGUCUGCCCUCAUGCGGGCCCGGGGCCAGCACGAGGCGAUGCAGACGUGGUGUCCGAGAACGGAGGCCCUUUUCUGACUGGGCCUCCUGUGAGUGGGACGGAGAUGCCGGGCUUGCAGCCUGUUGUAACUUACAACGACGUCACAGGAGCCCCAAGGACUGGGCGGGAUACUGUGAACGGAGGGGACGGAUCAGAGGGGCAUGUGGGGCCCCCGCAAAAGCCGCUAACCUCCGCAGUGCCUACAGCCGGGGCUCCUUUCUCUGCAUCGGCACAGCAAGACGCGACCCCCUUCGAUCGCGCUUCUGGCCACUUUGCGGUCCCGAGCGAUCCUGGUCAGCCGACCGCACACUUCUUUGCGGACGUCCAGGACGCCAUGUCGGACAGCGAAGACAAGGAGAACAUCCGGCCCAAGGAGGACACGGCAGCCAGUGACGACAUGGACUUCGAGACGGACCUGGACCAGUCGCCGCCGCAACAAGAGCAGAGCGGCAACGCGUCGCCGGUGCUGCUCACCCCCUCAAUCGGCGAAGGGCUGGCCCACUCCGUCGGCAACGUGGUUCUGUCCUACGGAGCAGGAGCAGCCGGGAGCUUUGCCGAAGGCAUGGUGCUGCAGAGGCCCGUCACAAGUCCGCUCGGCUCGAGCGAGGAGAUGGGGGAGGACGAUCCUUUGUUGGCGCUGCAACCUGCAGCCAAACGUCACAAGGCCGCUCACCUUCCCCAGCCGGUGGCGCCCAGCACCCCUGCUGAGGUAGCCACCAAUGCUGCCUCCGUGUUUGGUGCCAGCCCACCUGCCGACGCGUGGGAGAAGCACGACAGCCCACCCCUUCGCUCGAAGGUGGUCAAGUGUCUCGUGAGCCACCCCCUGACGCCCCCCAAAUCGUCCUUCCCGUCCUUCCCGAGCCCCGCCCACCAGACCUUGCCCGUCGUCACCCGUCGGUCGUCUGUCUCCUCACGAACCCCCUCACCCCCCGGCGUCAAAGCAGGAGGGGUCCCCUCCCCCAAGUCGUCCCCCGACAGGAUGAGGCCCGCGCUUUGCUCCGCCCCUUACAACCUGGGGUCGCCCACCAAGAGCCGGGAGGGGCGAGGCCCCUUCUCGUCCCCUCAGAAGACGUCGCCAGGGAGGAAGACGAUCCCGUCCCCCGCGAAGAGCCGGAACUCGACCGCGAGCCCGCCUAAGAAGGGCAGCAAGGGGUCGGGCCCCUCGUCGAGCAGCUCACGAAGCAUGGGCCCGUCUCCACCGAAGUCGAGCCCCGCGAAAAUGGCAAGGUUGAUCUGACGAGGUGUUAGCUGAAUCGCAAUCGCAGAUAUCUGUAGAAGGUAGCAGCGUUGUCGAAAGAAGCCCAGAUGAAUGUUGAACGAGCGCCAACCCUAGUUCCUUUAAUAAGGAGUAGAAUCGCAAUCGUCAGCCGAAGGCUGUACGAACCUCGCUUAGGCUAAGUAUCAGCCUAGGGAAAGUGGCACUCAGAGCGCCUCUAGUGUUACUCUAUGCCCAGGAUCAGCUCACCAGCGAGAGUAAACGUGUUGGCCUAGGGUUUUUCAAGCUUGCAGUCUAAAAUAAGUUGCGUUGCAAGUGGACCGUAUAUGCUUGAUGGAACCUCGUAUGCGUUUGAAGCGCUGAGGCCAUUGCGUCAUACUGGCAACGCUCACUUG